GCGUAUGUAGUAAUUUAAUUAUUCUUUAAGUUUGGAUGUUUUUUUAGAUGUUACAUAUUUUUUAAAAUUAAAAAGACAUUAAAUAAUAGAUCAAGGGUAGGUAUCCUUAACCGACGAGCUUGCACAAAGAUUGAUAAAUGUGAGAGUAAGAAAUAUGCACGGAACGAAGAAAGAGAUUUAGUCUCAUUAUGUAUGUAAGAAAGUCGAUCCGAACUGAAAAAAAACAACUCUUAAAGAAAUACUCACUGCACAUAAUAUCCUGUUAAAGCCUCAUACAUAUGUUAGAAUCGUCAUUCGCGUCAUCGUUUUGCUUGAGUGGCUGCACAGGUCGCAAUUGGCCUGCGCGCUUAACUGCAUGGAAUCUUGUAACCCCGUUAUUCUUUUUGCUCUCCUUUUGCUGCGGAUCUUUACCACGCGACCUUUUUGCACUGUACAUUGAUAGAUUGUGGACCGGUUAUGAACUCGUAAAUGAAAGGAAUACUCGCGCAAAAAUUUUAAUGCGAUAGCCGAUAACUGCGAAAUUUACUUUACUUGCCCGUGUCAUAUCUUACAAUGCCAGUAUUAUAAGAAUCUAACUUAUAAUAUAAAAAAAUUACCUUAGUGCUAUAGAUAUUUAAGUCGGAUUACUUAAUUACAAUUUACCUGUUACAAAUGAAGCCUUUAUCUAAUGACAAAUCAAAUCAGUUUAAUAUAUUAAGGUAAUGUGUUUGUUUGUAAUUUACAUCAUAUUUAAUUGGAUGUUUUGUGGUGUGAUUUUAUACACCAACGUGUUUAUUAGAAAUAAAUACAAGUGUAUAUAGACGUUAUGGAAGUCCGGCUGCAGCGGCGGGGAGAGGUCCUACUACGAUCGCGCAUCUCAGGCGCCGCGCCACCAGCGACCGGCAUAAUCUGGUUGGACUCCGCGCAACAUGCUGCCUCCUGAGCGAUAUGUGCCCCGCAGCGCAUCUGCGGUGCUCAAGCGACUCUCGCUACGAACAUGCAGUACUUACUCACUCGUAUGUAUCACGCGUUCAUUCAUACCGGUCGCCGCGCCCUCCGCCCGCCCUGCACCAUCACGGGCGCUCUAAAUAGUAUCCGCCCGACGUGCGCUGCGUCGUUCUUCUCGUAGUCGCAUGUUAGUCACCGUCAUAGCGAAUCUGUAGUAGGACGCCGUGCCGCACGCUCAGUUUAUUAUGCGCGAAGUCGAGACAUCAUGUCCCUUCCGCCGCAUCUUCCGAUCUCCAGUAAUGAUAACGAAUAUGUUCAUAUACGAAGCCUCAUCGCAAAUAUUCAUAGGCCCAGGAACGUGUCACGCCCCCCAACCUCGCCAUUUGAAAACGGUGCAGUGCUGGAGGUCGUUCAAGAGUCCCCGACGUCUUCUGAUACGGAACGGAGUGGAUCAGGAUCCGAAAGAUCGGUGUCUGAGAGAUCUGAGAUUGUUGGUGAUGACCUGACGCCAACGAAACGUGCAAAAAGCAAUAGUUUUGCAGGAUCGAUGUUGUCUCCGGCGAUGCCCCAUCACCACAAACGCAGGAGACCCUCUUUUCUGCACCUGAAUGUGAGCGGAGACAACACGGAGCACCUAGGGCCCGUGUCUGCUGGGGCUCACUUCAACGUGCCCAAGUUCACUGUGACUGCGCCCCCCGGGGAACACCGCCGCUUCAGCCAUGGAUUUGCAGGCUUCCAUGGGUUCGCACUGCGCCGACAUUCUAACACGGUCUGCGCAACGAUGAUUGCAAGUGUGAACGCGUUAUAGUUUAAUUUAUGACUUAAAAUUUGUGACACUGUUGUAGCAGGACGCAACAUACUAACAGCAUGUUUUUAAAAGUUGUGAUAUGUAAAGGAAUUAAAUAUUGUAACUUUUGCUUUUAGUUUAGACUGUGUGACGUGUUUCGAAAAAAUUAAAAGCUGAAGUAAAAAAGUGAAAAUAUCAUGGGCGAGGUAGUUUUUGCAAAUUAAAAUUUAAAAAUCUAUAUAUUUUAAAUACUAAAAUUAAAAAAGAGAGAGAGAAAAUAUGAGGAAAUUAUAAAAUCUCCGCAACUCUUGGGCAUAUACGUUAUUAAAUUUAAAGACUGAAAUAAAUAUCAAUAAAUUAUUCUGAUUACCCAGAAUCGUUGAUUCAUAAUCAAUAUCACCUGUAGGAAGCACACGAUUAUGUUUGCUAAUUUUAUCAAGACUAUCUUUGCGUCAAAUAUAAACAUUCUUCUGUAAUUAUUGGGCUACCUUGCGAUAUCACGUUAUCACUGUAUCUAUAAAUUUCAUUAUAAGAAGUAAAGUGUGUGGAGCUAACGUGUUGAUCUCGUGUAAUGAAAUCAUUAUUGUAUAUUGUCCACAAAAUUAUCUAAGUUUAUUAAUUUUCUUUUUAGUGUCUUUUUAUUGUAAACCAGUAAUAUUUUGUU